AUGGUUGAACUUCGCAAGCGCAAGGCGCCCGCUCCCCCUCCCGUCGUGGAGAAGAAAAGCAAGCCAGCCCCCACGGCCAAGGCGGCCGACAAGAACGAUGCCUCUCCCGACAAGGAAGCUCCCAAAGUGCCUCAGGUGGGCGAUGUCAUCGACCUGGAGACCUUUGGUGGCGACAUUGAGACCAAUGACGGCACCGCCACUUCGCUGAAGAAGCUUGUCGAGGAGAGCAAGGCCGGUGUUGUUCUGUUUACCUAUCCCAAAGCUUCUACUCCCGGUUGUACCAAGCAAGCUUGCCUGUUCCGCGACAAUUUCGAACAUCUUUCGUCGACUGGCCUGGCCAUCUAUGGCCUCUCGGGUGAUUCACCCAAGGCAAACACUACUUUCAAGACCAAGCAGAACCUUCCCUACCCGCUGCUUUGCAACCCCGCCUAUGGUCUUAUCAGCGCAAUUGGCCUCAAGAAGUCCCCCAAGGGAACGAUCCGUGGUGUCUUCGCCGUCGACAAGACGGGUAAGGUUCUGCUUCGCGAGCAGGGCGGCCCUGACGCGACCGUUGAUGCUGUCCAAAAGAUCGUUGCCCAGAGCCCCAUUGCAUCUAAGGUUGACGCCAAGGAGGACACUACCGAGAAUUCCAACGGCGCUACCAAGGAAGAGCCCAAGGAUGGGUCCAAGGAUGAAUCCAAGGAAGAGUCUAAGAAAGAUUCAAAGGUGGAAAAUGGCCCUGGGGCCAAGUAA